AUGUACCGUCAGUUUGCGUACGCCGCUCUCAUCGCUGCCGCCGCCGCUCAGGGCGUCGGCACCGAGCAGAGCGAGACCCACCCCAAGAUGACGUGGAAGAGGUGCAGUGGCCCUGGCAGCUGUGAGACGGUCAAUGGCGAGGUCGUCAUCGAUGCCAACUGGCGCUGGCUUCACACCGAUGGCGGUUAUGACAACUGCUACGAUGGUAACGAGUGGACCUCGGAGUGCAGCAACGAGUCGGACUGCACGUCCAAGUGUGUCGUCGAGGGCGCAGACUACAGCAAGACUUAUGGUGUCAAGGUUAGCGGCGAUGCCCUCAGCUUGCAGUUCAUCACCGAGCACGAGUACGGCACCAACAUCGGCUCCCGCAUGUACCUCAUGAACGGCGCGGACAAGUACCAAAUGUUCGAGCUCAUGAACAACGAGUUCACAUUUGACGUUGACCUCUCCACCCUCGAGUGCGGCCUCAACGGCGCUCUCUACUUCGUCAUGAUGGACGAGGACGGUGGCAUGUCCAAGUACCCCACCAACAAGGCCGGAGCCAAAUACGGUACCGGAUACUGCGAUGCCCAGUGCGCUCGUGAUCUCAAGUUCGUCGGCGGCAAGGCCAACGUUGAUGGAUGGGAGGCGUCUUCGAACGAUCCCAACGCUGGUGUCGGUGCCAUGGGCGGCUGCUGCGCUGAGAUGGACGUCUGGGAAUCCAAUGCUCACGCGUCUGCCGUGACUCCUCACCCUUGCGAGAACAACUCGUACCACGUUUGCACCGACAGCGAAUGUGGUGGUACCUACUCCGAGGAGCGCUUCAAUGGUGACUGCGAUCCCAACGGUUGCGAUUUCAACCCUUACCGCAUGGGUGCCCAUGACUUCUACGGCAAGGGAAAGACUGUCGAUACCUCCAAGCGCGACACUAAUUUUCUUUUCCUUCCCUCCCUCAAAAGUGUCGUCACCCAAUUCUCGGAGAGCCAAAUCUACCAGUUCUUCGUCCAGGACGGCAAGAGGAUCGACAUGCCCGAAACUACGGUCGAGGGUGUCUCGGGCAACAAGCUCGACGACGCUUUCUGCAAGGACCAGUUCGCCGCCUUUGGCGACCGUGACCGCUUCAACGAGGUGGGCGGUUGGUCCAAGAUGAACGAGGCCCUCGAGAGCGGAUGGGUCUUGGUCAUGUCUCUCUGGGACGACCACUACGCCAACAUGCUCUGGCUCGACUCCAGCUACCCGCCCGAGAAGGCCGGUACCCCGGUGGCGAUCAGCGAGCAUGCUUCUGCUACCGUCAUCUACAGCAACAUCCGCUUCGGCCCCAUCGGCUCGACCGUGGACGUGUAA